ACAAAGUAAAAAUGUCUCAACAAGUCGGCGGUAAAUCAGGUGGAAAGUCAGGUGGUAAAGCAGGUGCUCUCGACGCAGGUCGCUCUCGUUCUUCAAAGGCCGGUCUCCAAUUCCCAGUCGGUCGUAUUCACAGACAUUUGAAGAACGGUAACUACGCACAACGUAUUGGUGCUGGUGCUCCAGUUUACCUUGCUGCUGUCCUCGAAUACCUUGCAGCUGAAAUUCUCGAAUUAGCUGGUAACGCUGCCCGUGACAACAAGAAGUCUCGUAUCAUUCCACGUCACUUGCAAUUAGCCAUCAGAAACGAUGAUGAACUUAACAAGCUCCUCGGUCACGUAACAAUCUCACAAGGUGGUGUCAUUCCAAACAUCCACACCGAACUUCUCCCAUCAAAGACCAAGAAGGGUGAAGGCAUUGACUCACAAGACCUUUAA